AUGGAAGACAAAGUAGUAAGUAACUUCGACUUAACAACGAAGUAACUUCUCAGUUCAUCUUUUCACUAAUGUUCUAUGAUCCACAGAAUUAAAUAAUUUUUUUUUUUAAUUUUGUUAUCCUUCUUAAGUACUUCCUAUUUAUUUUCUUUUUGAAAUUUUUAGUAUUUAUUUUAUAAUUUUAAAGUUUAAUAUGUAAUAUUUAAAAAUACAGAAACAAAAAGAAUUUAAUUUUGUAAGGAAUUUAAAUAUAUUUACAAAUUACGGUGAUAGGUUUUAUCAUUUAUAUAUUACAUAAAAAAUAUAUUUUAAUAUUUUAAAAAAUUUAUUUCUUACGUCAAUUAAAAUCAUACAUUUAAAACAAUGAAUCUGUAUAUCACUCUAUUAAUAUCAAUAUUAGUGAUACUUCAGUUAAGUAAUGUAAAGAAAUCAUUGCAGAAUACUUAUAUAAUGAUAAAUACUAAUAAAAUAUAUUAAUAAUAUCAGCAUAAUGAUGAAGAAAAUAGUUUACAAUAAUUAUAUGAGUAAUUUGGAGUUACAGUCAUUACAUUAUUGGUUUAAGAAUGCCCCAUCACAGAAUCCCUCGAUUAAAUAUAAUAAUAUAUUUAAAAUUAUGCAAAAUACAACGCAUAAGACUGAUAUAUCAAAUGUUGCAAAUAUCAAUGCUCAACAAUUUCCAAAUUUUACUCAAGCAUCACUUGUCAACUUUCACGAUAGAGUACUAUUAAGAAAUGUUUUUGAACAUUGGAAAAUAUAUGUUAUACACAAAUUACAUACAAGAAGAGCUACCUAUAAAGCUGAUUAUUUUUAUCACAAAAAGUUGGAGAAAAUGGUUUUAAAUGUAUUAUCAAGAAAUGUAUUAUUAAAAUGGAAACAUAUUGUUUCAUUUACAAAUAAAUACACUAAUGAAUCUAUAAUUUCCAUAAAUUAUGAAAAAGCAAAGACACAUUAUUCUAAAUUUUUAUUAAGAAAGUAUUUCAAAUAUUGGAGUUGUUAUAUUUUAAUGAUAAGAAAAGAAAGAGCGUUAUUAGAAAGAGCUGUUAUAUUUUAUAAUGUAUAUUGUUUAAAAAAAUAUAUUAUAAAUUGGAAAUUGUACGUAUUAUUGCAAAAUAGAAAGAAAGUUACAAGAAAUAAAAUUAAUGAAGUGCGAAUUCCCAUUGCAAAAAAGUAAAAUGAAAAAUGCAAUUAUGCAUUACAGAAUUAAAUUGCUAAUAAAAUAUGUUAAUGCUUGGAAAAUGUAUCAUGAAUAUAAAAUUGAAAAGUUAAAUGUAGAAGAACGUAUUUCAAUAUACAAUAGAAUGAAAUUGUUAAAACAAUAUUUCAAACGAUUCAUAUUGGUAAGAUUUAUAGUUGAUACAUGCAUUAUUAUUUAUCUUUGUUCACAUUGAAUUUUAUUUAUAGUGUGUAAAUGAAUCUAUCGUGGAAAGAACAAUGAAUGAAAAUGCUGAAAAGUUUUACAAUUUCAAGCUUAUACAAAAAGUAUUUUUUGCAUGGCAAGAGUGGUAUAAGAAAAAACUACAAAAUGCAAUAAAAAUUUACGAAAUAGAGAAUAUAUUUGAAAACAGAAGAAAAAGUACAAUAUUCAAUAAUUGGUGUUUAUAUGUAA